AUGUUCGUGCGUGUCGUCCUGGACCAGCCGGCCAAUGUGGCUUAUACCAACCUGGACAUUAUUUCCGGCCAAGUCGUGAUUCGAACGCCCAAAAGCGAGAAUGUCAACUCGGUCGUCGUCAAGCUCGAAGGGGAGAGCCGGACGAGGCUGAUGAGUGCGCCUGGUCCGAACGGGGAGAGGCCCAAGCCGAUGAUCGAGUAUCACAAGCUGUUGUAUAAAGUGCAGAUGGUGUUUCCUGACGCCCAUGCGGCAGAAGGACGAAGUACAAUGACGAUGGGCAGGACGGCCUAUGGCCUGCCGCCUGGCGAACACAUGUACCCCUUUUCUUUCAAGAUCCCAUUCAACAACAACUGCACCGCGAACGGCCUGCAGCAGCCAAAGAUUGUGGGCAUGGAAAUCGCAAGACCUGCGACUCGGCAUGUCAAGAAGACGCUGCCGCCCACGCUGAGCGGAUUCCCGGGCGAGGCAGAAAUCAGAUACUAUGUCAAAUGCACAGUCAACCGGCACGGCUUUCUGAAGGAGAAUGCCCGAACCCAAGUACCCUUCAAUUUCUUUCCGAUUGAGAACCCUCGCCCACCCGUGACGGGAUCGGAAAGCUUUGCUCGUCAGAAGCAUAUGUUCGACGGCUUUCCCGGCCCUAUGAAUGAGAGUGCCAAAGAAAAGAUGAAAGGGAUAUUCGGCAAGAAGUCGAGUAGCACGCCCAAUUCGCCACUGGUAGCGGGUGGCCCGCCGCUGGUCAGCAUCGACGCACGCCUCCCCGAGCCUGCCAUCCUGACCUGCAACCAAGACAUUCCUCUUCGACUGAUAUUCAAGAAGCUGAGUGAGGUCGGCGACCAGGUCUUCAUGAACUCAUUGCAAAUCUCCCUGAUUGGUUACACCAAAAUUCGCGCGCACGAAGUCUAUCGGACGGAAAGCAACAGCUGGAUCAUAUGCAGCACCAGCAAUACCAACGUACCACUCGGUAGUCCAUCAGACCCCGUGGAUGCGGAGAGCAUUCUUGAUGAUCGUUUCUGGCGAGGUCCCGGGCAUACCCUACCCAACACAGUCGCUCCGUCCUUUGAAAUCUGUAACAUUGAACGAUCGUACCAACUUGACAUUCGUAUUGGGUUGAGCUACGGCAAUCGAGACGCGAAGGUACGCAUUGGGCAGUGGCGAACGGUGCCACAACAGGUCGUUCUGCCUCUCCGCAUGGACUGUCAAAUCUAUUCUGGUAUAGCGCCACCAGCGGAAGUGAUUGCGCGCAUGGCAGAGGCGAAUUCGGGAAUACUCCAUGGACGAAAACAAGAUAAGAUCUGGAAUCAGGGGAGAAUGGACACUGAUUUCGGAUCUAAUCAAAUACCGCCCACUCCGUUCGAUGCUUCAGCUGCACCAUGGCCUUCACAUGCCCACGCUGGUAGUAGUGCUGUCCCGCAAUACGACGAAGCGCCUCCACCGAGUUAUGAGGAUGCCAUCGCUGAUCGAUCGGGGCCUGUCACUGCACCACGGCCGACGUACGCGCCUCCUGCGCAGGUAGAGGAUCCCUUAUUAGGUGGCGAUGAGAAGAAGGGCUGGCAUUAG